AUGGUGGAGAGAACGAUGAGUCUAGGGUUUGGAGCCAACGGAGAACCCUCAGGGGUCAGAGAAACAAUGUGGGCGCAGCAAGAGCUUCUUCAGAAGAUCAGUCAAGAGCUUGACGAUGAGCGCGAAGCCUCGUCAUCAGCUGCUUCUGAGGCCUUGUCGAUGAUCCUGCGCCUCCAGGGAGAGAAAGCAGCGUUGGAGAUGGAGACCAGUCAGUACAAGAGGAUGGCGGAGGAGAAGAUGUGCCACGCGGAGACUUCUCUGACGCUCUUCGAAGAUCUGAUUUACAAUAAGGAGAUGGAGAUCGCGUCUCUCGAGUUUCAGGUUCAGGCUUACAGAUGUAAACUGCUUAGCGUAGGGAUCUCUGAUCCAGCUGUCGUGGAGAACAAGUUCCCGCAAAAUCUCGUCUUCUUUGGCGAUACCUCUCGUGGUGUGAGGAAGAUGAAGCGUAAUCUAUCGAGUCCUUUCGAUGGCAUGAGCAGUGAGAGAAGGAGCCUGCUUCUGUCUGAUAGCAAUGGUGACAGUUCUUUAUCUCCUGGUGAAGACUUGAGUGCUUACUGGGAAGAGAUGAAGAGAAUAGACGAGCAUGUUCGAGAAAUUUCAGACACAAGAGAUUCUCCCAAGGAGUCUAAAUGGCCUUUGCUUAGGCGCAAGUCUAUGUCCCAUGCGUUGGUUUCACAGGUCAGCAAUACUAUACUCAAGUCAGCCAAGAGUGAUGUCAGUUCGAUAAUGGAGAGGAUGAAGAACCCUGAUAGAUUCUCUGCUGCCAAAGAUGCUUCGUCUCCGAAUCUCCGUGACAUCUUCAAGGUUCCGAGGACAAAGGAAAGCCUUACAAUCAUCUCGGAAGAAGAGGAAAUCGAAGAAAGAAAUGUUAGAGGGGAGAUGGUGAGUAGUAAUUACGAAAGGGAAUUGAGUAAGCCGCCGCCAAGCAUCGAGGAAGAACAUAUGAGUUUGCUUAAGGAGAUUCGAGAUCAGCUCAAUGUAAUGCAGUCAGAGAUGAGAAGCUUAAGAUCAGAACUGCAUCAAACUCAACCUGUGUCUCAUCUUGAGGAGGAUCCAGCCCUUAACUCAAUUCAAGCGGCAAUGAUUCACUUCUGGAUCUAGAAGCUACAAUGCCUGGGAGUGGUUCUAGUUUCCCAUACAGACCCAUUUGUAUGUUUACGUAAACCUUCUAAGAGGAACUUAAAAGGAUGUAAAAAGAAACUGAUAGAUUUGUAUGUAACUCCAUUGGCAUUGUGAAAACAAAAUCUUUAAAUCUCU